AUGACUUCACCAAACUCUGAAUCUAACCCACUGGACAUGUCUGCCCCAGGAGGGCAGAUUUCUGCCUCAUUGACUCUUCCACAGGGAAUGGGGCUCCAGACUAUGCCGAUAAUGUUGUCAGUCAGCCUUCCUGAAAAGGACAAAGGAGAUAACAAAAUGGGUGUUUUGCCCCCUGUACUGCAGUUAAUCCAGCAGAGUGGAUUACAAACGCUAUCGCAGAUCUUUCCACAAGCUGCACCACCUCUGACUAAUUCCUCUCAAGCCACGUCUAUCCAGGAUUAUACUACACCCAGUCCAGCCCAUCCUAAUGUGGAGACAGACUUGUCAGAAGCCUCACUAAAACCACCAGCCAAACCUGCAUUUGAUCUGUCAUCCUUCCUCAAACUACAAAAUCCAAAUGAUUUAGUGUCAAUUCAGAAUCGAAUAUCCCUUGCUAACAAUUCGCUCAAUAGCCUUGCUAAUGUAGUACAAGAGUCAACCAAUUCCCAAGUGUUACCACAGACACAGACUCUGACCAGUGCCACUGAACAGGGCAGUGAUAACAGACAGAAUGAUGUUGUUCAUCCGUCAUCUUCACUUUCCUCCUCUGAGGCACCUGCAGUUCUACAAAACCUGUCUGUACAUGAUGCAAUAGCAGUUCAUCUUGGUGGUAAUGAGUUUACUAGGCCUGACCUCAUAAGCCCACAUCUGGAAGCCCUAGUGUCUAAUGCUACAUUCAUCCAGCAGUGUGGCAAUCAGGACCUGGCCAGUGGUCAGUAUGCAACCAAUGCAGCCCCUCAACUCACCAUUCAUCAGUCAGCUGAUGCCCUUCAGACGCAUGGACAACAUGCAGGAGAACCUCUGAUGUCUGUAGGUGAUCAGUGCCAAAUGCCUUCUGAUUUACAAAGCUCAACAUUGCAGUCCAACAUUCAGAACCAGAUGUUGUGUUCAAGCACAGCUCUGGGCCAUCAAACAGAUGGGACAGAGUUGUCCUCUCAACAUGUAGAGACAUCACAGUUGACACAGAACCACAUGGAGGACAUUAGUCUCAACACUCAGCAGAAGUGUAAUGAUGUAGCCAUUGGAAAUGAGAUGACAGUAGUUGGCUAUAACCCCCAGGAUUACUUGCAAAUGCAGACAAGCUUGGCAACAGCAGCUGCUUAUAUACCUAUCCGAGAAGACCUGGCCAAUCAGGACCCUUCAACAGUUGCAGCCAGCUUAGCCAGUCAGAUUGAAGCCAUUUCCAGUGCUAUCAAUAACCAGAGUGGGCUCAUACAACUACCAACCGCAGGACCCAAUCCUCAAUGUCCCAGUCAUUUGGUAGAUCUGGUGCUGAAGUUAGCAGGGAAGCGGGAUGCAAAUGUGCAACGAGAAACUCCUCCUGUAGCUGUCAGCAUCCCUGUAGAACCAGUGAUAGGGGCUGGCCUGGCAAUCCCAGAGGUCUUUGUUUCCUUCUGUGUGGGAUGUAAUUCAGCAUCAGAGGCUAACCCUUGUCUGAUCCAUGACACAGAGUACACUGCCAUCGCAGAUAGUCCUAUACCCACCAGAGCACGGGCAUCGCUCCCAACAUGUUUCUACCUGAAACCUUCAGAGACAAUACUUCAGAAUGUUAUAGGUGUUUGGUCAAAGGUGGCACUAAAAGCCAAAAGCAAAUUUGGGCCUCUGGUGGGAAAAGUGAGCUCCUCUGCUCCUGGUGAAUCCAAGCUUGGUUCUCUUCCAGAGUUUAAGGUGAUCUACAGUGACAAGGUAGACCAGUAUGACCUUGAGGAUGAACAGGAGUGUAACUGGCUCAAGUUUGUACAAAUGGCACGUACAGAGGCCUCCCAGAACAUGGUUGUCACACAGUUAGGUUCUGAGAUAUACUUCUUCACCACAAAACAGGUUUAUCCUGGUGAAGAGUUACUUUUCUGGUACUCCAAGGACUACGCUCGUUUUCUAGGAGUGCCUGUAAGUCCAGAGACCAAGAAAAUCAAAAUGUGUUACGUAUGUGGUAAAGUGUUUGUGGGCCGUCUAAACCUGCGAGCUCACCAGAAACUCCUACAUGCGGAUGUGGUGAAAAGGAAGUGGAACUGUAACAUGUGUGAACAGGGAUUCACAUCCUCUGCUAAACUGAAUGACCACAUGAAUAUUCAUAUGGGGAUCAAGCCUCAUACAUGUCAAUACUGUGGGAAGCGGUUCACAGACCAAAGUAAUCUCAGACAACAUCUGCUCACCCACAGUAAUGUGAAGAGGUUUUCCUGUACCCAGUGUGGAAAUCAGUUCCGACAGAAGAUCCAUCUGCAGACCCACAUGUUAACACAUACAGGAGAGAAAAAUCUGCAGUGUAACUUCUGCGUAAAAAAAUUUGCCCGUGAAUCUGAUCGCAAACAGCAUCAGUAUCAACACACAAAGGAGAAGAUCUACCAGUGUCUUGAGUGCAACAAAAUAUUCUACAAACUUCAGAACUAUAAACGGCAUGCACUUAUGCAUACUGGGGAGAAGAAUCAUGCCUGCCCGAAAUGUCAGAAGCGGUUCUAUACCAAAUACCACCUACAGCGACACUCUAAAAUCUGUAAAGGAGCAACAACAAAAAUCUAUCUCAACAAACAUGAGAAAAAUCUCAACUUGGAAGAAAUAGCUAAUGAAUUAACAGCAGGUCCCUCUGCUUCCAGGACAUUAGGAACCAACACUGCUACUCCGUAG